AUGAAUAGGACGGAAGAGUAUAGAAGGAAUGUGCUGGACGGAGGCAUUUCGCAGAAAAGCGUGGAAGCCCCCGAUGGAAGCGUGAAUUCUGUUUUGAGCAUAGCCAAGGAGCUGAGAAACUCUCUGAGUGCGUGCCAUGCUGCGCUAGUAAACAGACACACGCACGACUAUUCGGAUGUUGAGAGCACGGUCAAAGAGCUUGUUGCAGGAGGCAGUAAGGCCGUGGAUAUGAUGGAGGCCAUGGAGGAGAGCAAGUACUUGGAGGGCGUGGCGCACAACAUUCGGGCUCUUAUGAAAAGGACGGAAAUGAAGCUGGAGGAGAGAAAAAGCAGGCGCGUCCGGCCCUCGCUGAAUAUAGCGCUGGAGCCAGAGAAGUCAACGUCCACGGCGAAGACUACGCCUGUCCAGAUGCAGGUUCUCCACGAAGAAAACGAGCGCAUUUUGGAAAGAGUUCGCUGCACGGAGAGAGAGCUCGUCCAGGUGAGAAGACGGGUUUCAGAAAUAGACGUUCUCCAGAAGCUAAUAACACAGGAGCUGUACGUGCAGGACGAGAGAAUUGACGUGAUUCUGAGCAACACAACAACAGCUUCUAUCGACGUAAAAAUAAGCCGGACGUACAUAAGAAAUGCGCAGGAAAAGAGGCAGGCUGCGAAAAGAUUUAUUUCUCUCUUUGUCAUGAUUCUGUCUAUUGUUCUUCUCUUUCUGCACCACUCGAACAAAAGCAGCAAAUAG